AUUAUCAUCUGCGGUGGAAAACCGGAGACCCCUCGCUUAGGUGCCCUCACGUAAUUGGACGAGGGUGUCACCAGCAGGCCUUACUCAUCAAAUAGAUGAUUGCUACGGUCCAGCGCGAGUCCCAUCUUUCGUUGUUGGAAGACAAGAUCCACUACAACAGCCUCUGCAUUGGGAUUGAACACCGAAACGAAAAUCAUGUUGCUCCGCAACUCUGCUUGGACAUGGAUGUUCCUGUUCCUCGUGAUCUCUCCCGCCAUCUUCAACCCGUGCACAUCUCAGCUCGAUCACCGUUGGGCUUCUAGGAAGAGACAGAUGAGAGAGAAAGUUCGCAAGAUGUUUUACCAUGCAUAUGACAACUACUUGGCCCAUGCAUUCCCGCAUGAUGAGCUAAAGCCUCUUACUAAAUCUUUCACCGACUCUCUUAGUGAGCUUGGAAAUCUGAAGCUUGAACACUUACCACAAGACUAUAAUGGAUCUGCCCUUACACUUGUUGAAUCUUUAUCCAGCCUUGUUAUUUUGGGUAACAACACUGAAUUUGAAAGGGCAGUACUUUGGCUUUCUGAAAAUCUAACAUUCAAUGUCGAUGCAAGGAUAAAUCUUUUUGAGUGCAACAUAAGAGUUCUUGGAGGACUUGUUUCUGCUCAUAUACUUGCAACUGAUUCUACAAACAGGUUGCUUAAUAGCUCCUACAGGAACGAGCUUCUUAUCUUGGCUGAAGAUUUAGGGAAGCGGUUUCUACCUGCAUUCAAUACACCCACUGGGUUGCCAUAUGCAUGGAUUAACUUAAAGUAUGGAGUGAUGGUGAAUGAGACUACUGAAACAAGCACUUCAGGGUGUGGGUCUUUGAUUCUUGAAAUGGGAGCCUUAUCACGAUUGACUGGUGACCCCAUAUAUGAAUAUGCGGCUUUACGUGCUCUUCGUAAGUUGUGGAGCAUGCGGAGCUCAUUGAAUUUAUUUGGAACAACGCUGGAUGUGGCAACUGGGGAAUGGCUCGAGCAUUCGUCUGGUAUUGGGGCUGGGGUUGAUUCAUUCUAUGAGUAUCUAUUCAAGGCCCAUAUUCUUUUUGGGAAGGAGGAGUUUUGGAGAAUGUUUCAUUCUGCUUAUCUUGCAGUGCAAAAAUAUUUUAGACAUGGUCCAUGGUACCACGAAGCUGAUAUGAGAACGGGAAAGGCUACUUAUUGGCAGCUUACAAGCCUUCAAGCAUUUUGGCCAGGCCUACAGGUUCUCGUUGGGGAUAUUGCAGCUGCUAAUUCAUCACAUCGUGAAUUUUUCCAUGUAUGGGAGAGAUUUGGGGUUCUACCAGAGAGGUAUCUACUGGACCAUCAAAUGUUGCAUCCCACAGAAAAAUAUUACCCUUUGCGCCCUGAAUUUGCAGAGUCAACAUUCUACUUAUAUCAAGCCACCAAAGAUUCAUGGUACUUAGACGUGGGUGAAUCAAUUGUUAAUUCUCUUAAUUUACACACCAAAGUGGAAGGAGGAUAUGCAAGCGUAAGAGAUGUAACAACUAUGCAGUUGGAAGAUCAUCAGCAUAGUUUUUUCCUCGCUGAAACGUGCAAGUACCUGUAUCUUCUGUUUGAUGAUUCAUUUUUGGUCAAUCGGAAUUUUAUAUUCACGACUGAGGGUCAUCCCCUUCCAGUAUUAAGUGACUGGCAUGAAAGGCUUCCAGAGACCUACAUCCCAACAAACUGGACUUUUGUUCAGGGUGAAAAGCAACCAAGUCGAGCCAGUGCAAUGUCUUUGCAAGUCUGUCCAGCCACAGCAUUGAAUACAUGGGGACAAGGCGACCAACAGGCAGAGAGUGCUUGCCACAUCCCGGAUGCUCGUAUUGACCACCGGUGUUUGACGGAAGAAGAAUGUGGAGUUGAUUCGACCACGUGUCGACGAAGAUCAUGUAGCAUGGCUGGCUACUGUGGGCUAUGGUUGUUCAUUUGAUAACCAUUCAGACAAAACUCUUUUUUUUUCCUCUCGUGGUAAACUAACGCUGCAUGAUACAAGAAGGUUUUGGUAAUUAUUCUGGCAGGCUUACAAGCUCGCACCCAUGUGAGAUAAAAUAGGGAAAAGGGGAGAGAGUAGGAAUACAUGAUAUGAAAGUUUCUUUUUAUUUUUUGGGUCGUCCAUAACAUCAGCAUAUUUGUAUUUUGAGACCAUGAGCCUUCUGUAAGAUCAUGGAAAUCAAACUCUAGCUGCUCUGCAUAUAAACUUUCAAAAGGUUCAUGCUGUGUAUCACAAAUCACUAAGGCGUGUCUUGCAAUUGCAUCUCAA